UUUUUUUUUUUUUUUUUUUGCCCUUUUCCGCUUUCAUGGAACCCAGUUUCCAAUUUCGCUUUCUCAACUAGUUUCUGAUUGGUUGUCUCACUUCCUGUUUUUGGAAGUACUAUAUCACCGAACAACACGUUAUGAGCAAACAAAGUUUUUUUACUUCCCGGUUUCAUUUUUCUUGACGGUUUUCUGGGUUUUUUUUUUUCAAUGACUUGCUGAUUGUUUAUCAGCACAAGGUUGCAGAAAUUUGAAAAAAAAAAAAAAAAGAUUGUGUUUUGGAUUUUAUUUAUUUAUUUUGAGUAUACCCCAGAUGGGUAACUGUUUAGAUUCGUCUGCCAAAGUGGAUACAGCACAGAGCUCCCAUGUUACUUCUGCAUCGGCGGUUUCUAAGAAUUCCAGCAGAACCAGCAAUUCAUCAGCUCCUUCGAGCUUGACCAUCCCAUCCUACAGUGAUAGAAGCGGUGUUUCAAGUCUUCCUACACCAAGGACUGAAGGUGAAAUAUUGUCAUCUCCAAAUUUGAAAGCCUUCUCAUUCAAUGAGCUAAAAAAUGCCACCAGAAACUUUCGGCCUGACAGUCUUCUUGGCGAAGGAGGAUUUGGAUAUGUUUUCAAAGGAUGGAUUGAUGAGAACACAUUUACAGCUGCAAAGCCUGGUUCGGGGAUGGUUGUUGCUGUCAAGAGACUUAAACCUGAAGGUUUCCAGGGCCACAAGGAGUGGUUGACAGAAGUAAAUUAUCUUGGCCAGCUUCAUCAUCCAAAUCUGGUUAAGCUGAUAGGGUACUGCUUGGAGGGUGAGAACCGGCUUCUGGUCUAUGAAUUCAUGCCCAAGGGCAGCUUAGAGAACCAUCUGUUUAGAAGAGGGCCACAACCGCUUUCGUGGUCUGUAAGGAUGAAAGUGGCUAUUGGUGCUGCCAGAGGGCUUAGUUUUCUUCAUGAUGCCAAAUCACAAGUCAUAUAUCGUGAUUUUAAGGCUUCCAAUAUUUUAUUAGAUGCGGAAUUCAAUGCAAAGCUUUCUGAUUUUGGUUUGGCGAAGGCAGGCCCUACUGGUGACAGGACUCAUGUGUCUACCCAGGUUAUGGGAACCCAUGGCUAUGCCGCGCCUGAAUAUGUUGCUACAGGUCGAUUGACUGCCAAAAGCGAUGUUUAUAGUUUCGGGGUUGUCCUACUGGAACUAUUGUCUGGAAGACGUGCUGUUGACAAAACGAAAGUCGGUGCUGAGCAAAACCUGGUAGACUGGGCAAAACCAUAUUUGGGUGACAAAAGAAAGUUAUUUCGGAUCAUGGACACCAAGUUAGAGGGUCAGUACCCACAGAAAGCAGCAUAUACGGCUGCUAGUCUAGCUUUACAAUGCCUAAGCAAUGAAGCUAAAGUUAGGCCUAGAAUGGCAGAUGUAUUAGCUACAUUGGAACAGCUUGAAUCUCCAAAGAGUGCAGCUAGAGUCUCCCACUCAGAGCAGCAGAAAGCUCAUGGUCAUCUCAGGAAGUCCCCGAUGCGACCGCAUCGUUCUCCUUUGAAUCAAAUUCCAAGUGCAUCCCCAUUGCCAUCUCACCGGCAGUCUCCACGUGUGUAUUGAGCAGAGACAUCCAUUUGAUCUGUAAAUUUUCUUAUUUGCUUCCACACAAUUGUUUACACAUAAUGUUGUAUGGACUGUGGGCAUGCAUGUUGCACAAUUUUGAAGCUCACUGAAACAGGUUACUUACCACCUGUUUUUCUAUGAAGCAUGUAGCGCUUCAAUCAUAGAAAUCUGUAUGUUUAAUCUUGUGUGAAGGUAUAUAUAUAACCAGUUACCCAUUUCUUCAAUUAAAA